AUGAAGAGGAUAAUGGACGUAAAGACGGCGACAGCGAGGGUAGCGUUGGGGAUCACGACUGUCAUGGGUGCCUCCAACGGCACGAUGUCAGAGGAGAACACAGCAGGUGCCACAAGUGCCUCUGACCAAACAGAAGCUGAAGAUUUACCUGGGCAUACCACUGACCUAGACAUCAGUGCCCCGCUGAAACAAAUAAAGAUAAACAAAAAAUUGAAUGAAGGGAAAGAGCAAAGAGUUGCAAGCGUUCCACCUGGCUGGCAAGAUGAUGACUGUUAUCCAAUCACAGACUCCGUAGGAAAAGCUAUAAUUUUCAAUAACAAAACAUUUAAAUCCAACACUUCCAAGAAACCCAGGAUGGGAAAAUAUGGAGAGACAGGAGAUGAUGCAAAGCAGCUCAAGUCAGUUUUAGAAACGCUUGGUUUUACAGUGAAAUUAAAGGAAAAUUAUACUGUGGACAGAAUGUUAGGACAUCUUCAAAAUAAGGUGGCUGCAAAAGAAUUUGGCAAAAAUGGGUGUUUCUUGUGUAUUGUUUUGACACAAGGCGAAGAAACAACAGUGGAACAAGAACAAGAUGGCACUGUAAGAACUACCCAUACUGAUCCAAAAACAAGACAUUUUUGGGGAAUAGACAGAUCUGUCACUGUUGAUAAGUUAGUGAGACCUUUCAAGGGUGACAAGUGUCACGAGAGUCUGGCAGCAAUACCCAAAAUAUUUAUCAUACAGGCAGAUGAGGAAAUUAUCUUGCCUAUCAUAGAAAAAGCUAGAAGAUUAUACGUGGAAAAAGGUCCAAGACUUGCGACAAAGCCUCAGCCAUAUCUUAUUCCAGCAGAGGCCAAUAUAUUGGUUGUGCACUCAGUCAUUCCAAGUGACUGGUCUUGGUCAUGGGAAGGAGCAAGCAAUGAGGACUACUGCUUUGUAGAGGGCAGCACUACAGAAAAUAAACUCCAAAAAGAUCAGAAGAAACAGUUAUCUUGUUUUGUUCAUCACCUGUGCAAAGUAUUGAGUGAAGCUGGACGUGAAGCCGACCUUCAGUCUAUGUUGACACAGGUUCGUGGUAGAGUUGAGAAGGAUGUUCUGACAUACUUAAGGUUGUGGGAAGGAGGAGAACACGGCUACCUCUACGAUAUGUGUGACCUUAUUCCUUACAUUUCAUCUAGCUUGCUCAAGGACGUUUAUUUUCACAAGACCGAGUGACAGCAGCAGUUUUCUUUGUAUAAAAUGUAUUUCAAUGAAUUUUAUCUUGAAACAUUUCAAAAUGUGGUCACUAAAUUGUACUAGAGGAAAUAUGAUGGUCACAAUUGUCUCAUAUUCUCUGGCAAACAAUUAUUCUGUACUGCACAUGGAAGCUGGUGCUCAGAUAUGACAAAAAGAUGGUUAUAAGAAAAUAUCAAAAUCAUGUUUAAACUAUUUUUAAAUAUUAUUAAUAUUAUAAUUAGUUAUAAUUCAAAUUCCAUGGUACAUAUUAAUUUAAUAUCAAUGUGUCUAAAAUUUAAAUCACUGAUGGAGACAAUAUCCUGUUAUAACAUAUACUACUUAAUUUCUCUAACUGUUACAAUUCUUUUGUUUUAAUAAGCCAACAGAAAACUAAACAUGAUUUGCAGCACACCAUAUGAUUAUGAAUAAAAAUUAACAAAUAUAUAAUGA